UCCUUUCCCCCCUUCAGGCUGCCGGCCGGCCUUGCGCGCAAAUGGCGUUCGUGCUGCUGACCCGCUGCGGCCGGCCGGCCACGUCCUUGCCCCGGCGGCUGCGGAGGGACCCCCAGGCUGGACUCUUGGGAAAUUAUGCUUGUCUCGACUGUACAUCCCUGAGAUUAAUAAAUCGCGCGCACGUUCACUUUAAAUACUGCCCGAGCGUUUCCUGUGUUUCCUUUUCCUCUGCAAAAGAUGGUUACAAUUGUCGGACUGAACAAAGGCCAUUCGUAGCACCGAGAUCGUCUUGCUUAUGGUCCCUUCCUGCGAGUCGGAGUGUUCAGGUGCCACAUUAUCUUCUGGUGCGACAGUGGCAUUCUUCGCAAGGUAGAUACGACGACUCGGUGGUAGAAAAGUCGCUGAAGUCUCUCAAGGACAAAAAUAAGAAGCUGGAAGAAGGAGGCCCUGUAUAUAGUCCAACGGUAGAAGACCACAUCGUUAAAAAGUCUCUCGGGCAGAAGAUCGUUGACGAACUGAAGCACUAUUACCAUGGCUUUCGAUUGCUGUGGAUUGACACGAAAAUCGCUGCGCGCAUGCUCUGGCAGAUUCUCCAUGGCAACACUUUAUCCCGUCGAGAACGGAGACAGUUCCUUCGGAUAUGCGCUGACCUCUUUCGACUGGUCCCUUUCCUAGUCUUUGUCGUCGUUCCAUUCAUGGAGUUCCUGCUUCCAGUAGCCGUAAAGCUGUUCCCUAAUAUGCUGCCUUCAACUUUUGAGACAAAGUCUAAGAAGGAAGAGAGACUGAAAAAGGAAUUAAGAGUGAAGCUCGAAGUGGCUAAAUUUCUUCAGGAUACGAUCGAAGAGAUGGCUUUAAAAAAUAAAGCCGCCAAAGGGAACGUUACUAAAGACUUUUCGACCUUCUUUCAAAAGAUCAGAGAGACUGGUGAAAGACCGAGCAACGAAGAAAUUUUACGGUUCUCUAAACUAUUUGAAGAUGAGCUAACUCUUGACAAUCUCACAAGACCCCAGCUGGUGGCACUCUGUAAACUGCUAGAACUUCAGUCAAUGGGGACAAACAACUUUCUGCGCUUCCAGCUGACAAUGAAAUUGAGAUCCAUAAAAGCAGAUGAUAAACUGAUUGCUGAGGAGGGAGUGGAUACCCUGACGGUUAAAGAGCUCCAAUCCGCAUGCCGAGCCAGAGGGAUGAGAGCACUUGGCGUGACAGAAGAACGUUUGAAGGAGCAGCUGAAGCAGUGGCUGGACUUGCACCUGAACCAGGAAAUCCCAACUUCGCUGCUUAUUUUAUCCAGAGCGAUGUAUCUUCCAGAUACGCUUUCACCAGAAGACCAACUUAAAACAACUCUGCAAAUACUGCCUGAAAGUAUGGCCAAAGAAGCUCAAGUGAAAGCCGCAGAAGUGGAAGGAGAAAAAGUUGACAAUAAAACCAGACUGGAAGCGACCCUCCAGGAGGAAGAAGCUAUUAGGAAAGAAAAGCAGGACAAAGAGUUGGAGAGGCUAUCCGAAGCUGCCGAAAAGGCAAAAGAAAUCCUUCAGGUUGCUGCCCAGAAAGAGGUGGAGUCUGCAAUCGACCUUAAUUCUGCAGCUGUGCAUACAAAGAAAAGCCAGAUAGCUAUGGAUGCUGAAGAAGAACUGGCAAAGGCGGAUUUAACCCUCCAUUCAGAGACAUUAAAAGACACAGCACCAGUGCUGGAAGGCAUUAAGGGCGAAGAAAUAACCAAAGAAGAGAUUGACUUGCUGAGCGACGCUUGCACGAAACUGAAAGAGCAGAAGAAAAUGCUGACCAAAGAAAAGGAGGAGCUUGAGGAGUUGAAGGACGAUGUGCAGGAAUAUAACGAGGAUCUGCAAGAAAUAAAGGAAUUGUCUAAGGAGGGGAAAGAAGAACUGGUGGAAGAGUCCAAAGCGAGCAAGCGGCUGACCAAGCGGGUGAACCGGAUGAUCGGGCAGAUCGACAAAAUUAUUGGGGAGCUGGAGACAGAACAAAAAGUGGUGGACGGGCAGCUGGACAGUGGCGCAAGCCCUCCCAUUGGGUUGUGUUUCCCAUUUAGGGAGAAUCUCAUCAGUAUCAAUGAGCUGAUUAGCGUGAUGAGACAGCUUCAGAAAAUUCCAGAAAGCAAACUGAACCGGCUUGCUGAAGCGCUGGAUGAAAACCAAGAUGGCAAACUUGACAUAGAUGAUGUUGUGAAGGUAGUAGACCUGAUUGACAAAGAAGACAUCGAUAUCUCAACUAGCCAAGUUGCAGAAAUAGUGGCGCUGUUGCAAAAGGAGGAAAAACUGGAGGAAAAAGAGAAGACGAAAGAGAAGGCCGAGAAGGAAGCCGCAGAAGUGAAGAACUAGUCUCACUCUGGUUCUGAGCUUGGAACUGAAUGGGGGAGGCUUCUUGUGUAUUUGUCCAGCAACUCUGGUUCUGAGCUUGGAACUGAAUGGGGGAGGCUUCUUGUGUAUUUGUCCAGCAACUGUUAUUUGUUAAAUGAUGGGAUACGCUAUUGAUUGGAGAGUCAGAAUGAAAUGCUUCACCGUGAUCAGUCACAAGCAGUUUAAUUGUCAUUCCACGGAGAUGAAGAGUGUUAGAGCUUAUUCCUCCUGCUGGAGCCCCGUGCCCUCUGCGCUGUGGCCGAACAGCACGCUCGACAGACCCCCAAAUCAUGUUACAAACCGAGAAUGUUCUCACAGACAAAUGAAAACAGCCCUCUCCCUUGAAUCAUGCCAAAAGCCAGCACCUUCCUUUUCAAGGCUCUUUCGCCGGCAGGAAGGCAUUCCUCCUUACUUGGCAGGAAAAGUCUGUUCAGCCCUGGUUAACAGUUCAGAAGCCAUUGAAAAGAAUUCUCAUCUCCAUUUUUACCUGUUAACAUUAAUGAAAGGACUUUUACCCAGACUACACCAUACGUUAGUUCUAAAAGCGCCCUAGGUGCCUUGUUACUGGAAAGGUACAGUUCAAGCUGUUAACAUUUCAAGAACCACGCAGUAUCCAGAGACUCCUCGUCCCCCCCUCCCAGUAGCAUUUCCAUGACGGGCUUUGCCAGUUUCUGAAUGGUAAAUAAUAAGCUGGGGAGCCCUGAGGACUCACUGGGGAGGGGAAAUCUCAUUCUCCCCCACUCCACUGGCCCUCUUGCCCACGCUGAUUCUGCUGUGCCCCCCUGCCGCCUUCCGUCCGUCCCUCCCCCCGCCCCAAGGGCUUUGGCCCC